AAAUGAAACAAUAAAUGGAACAAAAAAUGGAAAAGAUGAUGAAGCAGAUGAUUCAACAGAAAGAAUUAUUUUCAUAUUUGCUGUAUGGAACGUUUUUGCUUGUGGUGUAUCGUUCGUUUCUUCUCUUCUAAGACCACGAAAUCCUGAAUUGAUGUACACAAGAAACAGAAUGAUAUCUCGUGAUACUAUCGCGUCUUUAUGGUCGCUUAUCUCUUUUUCGUGGAUGGCUCCAAUAAUUAAAUUGAGUAAUGGGCACGAUCUUACCGUGGAUGAUUUAUGGGAAUUACCAUUUAGAUGUCAGGCUACUCACUGUUAUUUGGAAUUAGAUCGAGUACGAAAUACGGAUCUUCUAACUCGAUUACUUCGUGCCAAUUCCGCUAACCUUGUUCUUUUCAUUGUUAUUGCAAUACUACGAUCUAUUUCUUAUCUUAUUACUCCAUUCUUUCUAUAUCGAUUAUUGGCGUAUAUGUCUGAUGACAAAACAAAAAAAUAUACUGAAGAACCCUAUCUUUAUGUAUUUGGAAUAUUAUGCUCUGAGCUUGCUGGUGUCGUUUUUUUAAACCAGUUAAAUUAUCAGAUGUCAUGGCUGAACAUUCGCGUUGAACAAAUGUUGAGCUUAUUGGUAUAUGAAAAACAAAUAUGCUUAAAAACUACUCUAACUAAAGUCAAAGGUGGCAGAUCAAACAACGUUUUGACAACUGAAGUUUAUGAUAUUACUGGCUUCUUUUCCAAUCUUCCUUUUCUUUUGACAAUUCCUUUGGAAGUAAUCGCAAUAACGGUAUUUUUAUAUUCUUUAUUGGGAGUGUCUAGUAUUGCUGGCGUGGUAAUGAUGAUAGCAUGCCUUUGGUAUAAUAAAAGGUAUGGAAAACACGUCAAUCGGUUGCAAAAGCGGGUCAAAAGAGCCAGAAGCGGUAGAGUUAGUGAAAUUUUUGAACUACUUAAUGUAGUUCGCACGAUCAAAAUGUUAGCUUGGGAGCGCAGUUUUCACGAUAAAUUAAUGCUUUCGCGUCAAAUUGAACUUGAUCAACUUCAACAUUUCUUCUGGCGUACAACAUUGCUUACCUUAUUAGUUCACCUUACACAAUUCUUCGUGACAUUGAUUACAUUCACUUUUUAUACGAUUAUAUUUCAAAACCAAUUAACAGCUCCUAAAGUUUUCACGAGCCUUAUGUUAUUUAACAUAUUGAAGCAGUCAAUGCAAAUUUAUCCAGAUUUGAUAGUUGACCUUAAGGCACUUGUGGUCUCCGUAGGGCGUAUAGAAAAGUUUCAGGAUGAAAUAGAGAUUCAAAAGCCUUCUAGUUCAGAUUCUAUGGUUACCAAUAUUGGUUUUACUGGUGUUAAUGUGGCUUGGAAGGAUGAUAUCAUUCGAAGUCCUAAUGAUUUUGUAUUAAAAAAUCUAAAUUUAAAGUUUCCUAUCGGAACACUAAGCCUUGUUUGCGGGCAUAAAUCUUCUGGAAAAACGCUCCUUUUACUUUCACUUCUUCGUGAAACAUCAUUGCUAUGUGGUACUAUCCAUUUUCCUAUAACAAAAGUUGCUUAUGUUCCUCAGCAACCAUGGUUGGAAAAUUCAACUAUACGAGAAAAUAUACUAUUUGGCUCCAAUUUCGAAGAUGAGCGCUAUUGGAACAUUGUUGAUGCAUGCGGUUUGCUUAAAGAUUUUGAGAGCAUGGAACAAGCCGAUUUCACUGAGUAUAAUGAUAAAGAUUUAGUACUAAGCGAUGAACAAAAGGCUCGCGUGGCACUCGCAAGAGCACUAUAUAGUGAUGCGCGAAUAAUACUGCUAGAUGAUUUUUUGUCGAUUAUGGACUCAACUACAGGUCCAUUUAUUGCCGGACGAACUGUGAUUAUUGUAACAUAUUAUAUUCGAGAUCUUUUGGAUAUUUCUGAUUAUAUAGUAAUACUCGGUGGUGGGACUGUUAUAGCUGAAGGAACUUCUGGGCAAAUGAUGGAUUCUGAAGCUUUAGCCAAUGAAAUGUUUAGAACAAAUGCAGAUGCUAAACAUGAUCAGAUAGAUACAAUUACACAGAAUUCAUUUAAUCAAACGGUUGAAAAAUAUGAUAAGAAAAUUUGGACAACAAAUGAAGUGCAUAGUCAAGUUAAAGACCCGUUCAAUCUUUAUUAUUUUUACAUCAAAUCUAGUGGAGGUUUAUUGCUUUGGACCAUGCUUAUUCUUCUGUUAAUUAUAAUUCGAGUUCUAACAAUUGGUGAAGCAUAUUGGUUGAAAGAAUGGUCAGACCCUAACUCAUCAUUAUUUGAGUUAUUAUAUGAUUAUGUUCAAAUACGUUUCGUAGCUAUAUAUAUUUUAAUUGCCUCAGUAUCAGCACUUUUUAUAAUUUUUCGUAUGGCAUGUCAACUUUUAGUUUCGUUUAAAGGUUCAAAAACCUUAUUUUCCAAGCUUCUUAAUGCUAUUUUGAACGCGCCCUUUACAUUUUUCGAUACUGUUCCCCUUGGAAAAGUAAUGAAUCGCUUUUCAAAAGAUCUAGUUGCACUAUGUCUUGUAAUUAGCAGCGCGUAUAUUAACGUUUCAAGAGAAUUAAAACGCCUUCAGUCCAUUACUCGUUCACCUGUUGUCUCAUGGUUCAAUGAGACAAAUAUAGGUAUUACAACUAUUAGAGCAUUCGCUGCCGAGCAUCGAUUUGUUAAAAAAUUCACUGACCGUUUAAAUACAUCCAAUAGGACUACCUACCUUCUUCAUAUGUCUAAUCGGUGGAUGCAUGUUCGCAUUGGCAGCACAGGUGCCUUGGCAUCUUAUUGUGUUGGUAUUUUUAUCCUAUGGCAGUAUGCUAGUAUUGAUGCCAGUUUAGCUG